AUGGAAACCUACGAGAUCACCUCAAACAAUUGUUCUUCAAGUUCUUCUUCUUCUAAUAAUAAUAGUUUCUAUUCCUCUGAUGAUGAUGCAGUAGCAAUUCAUCAAAAUAACAUGGCUAUUAGUUUGGUCCUCCUAGUUACAAAUUCGCGAUGUCCUCAAACUCGUAUCAAAUUAUGGAGGAAUCGAAAUGAGGGAGCUGAACUUCUAUGGAGAGACUACUUUUGCCCGAACCCAACUUUUCCACCAAAUGUAUUUCGUAGAAGAUUUAGAAUGCGUCGACAAUUGUUUAAUAGGAUAGUUACAGAUGUUGUGGGAGUAAAUCGUUAUUUUGUUCAAAAGAUUGAUGCAUGUGGAGUUAUGGGAUUGAACCCUCAUCAAAAAGUAACUGCAGCAAUUCGAAUGUUAUCUUAUGGAUGUGCGGCUGAUGUACUAGACGAGUACUUAUGCAUUGGAGAAACUACUGUUCUGGAAGCUACUCGUUGGUUUUGUAUUACUGUUGUCCACUUGUAUGGCAAAGAAUAUUUGAGUAAACCAACUGCUAGUGAUGUUGAACUGCUGCUUAAUCAAAACAGAAGUAGGGGAUUUCUAGGGAUGAUGGGUAGUAUAGAUUGCAUGCAUUGGAAAUGGGAUAAAUGUCCGUCGGCAGAAUCAGGGGCUUACACAUCGUAUAAAGGGAGCGAAAGUAUUGUGUUGGAGGCUGUGUCUUGUCACGGGAAAACACCACCAGUUGACUUUGUGGUAAAUGGACAUUCAUAUGAUAUGUCGUAUUAUCUCGGUGAUGGCAUUUACCCAGAAAUUGCUACUAUUAUUAUGUCCAUUAAACAUCCAGAGGGAAAAAAGAAAAGAAAACUUUCUGGGAUGCAAGAGGUGAUGAGUGCCAUAUAA